AUGUCAGGAUCACGACAGCAACCAGGUCUAUGUGAAGAUUCAGGUACAGCCUGCUAUGUGAAUGAAGUUCGGUCCCCACGCGGUCCUAAGAAGGGCCAUCUCAAAGCGUUGCGAAACCGCAUUGAAUAUGUCAUCCACUCCACGAUCUCGGAGCCCAAUACUGGGUCGCGCUCUUUUGACGAGUCGCCCAUCACACCCACAACUCCCUCAGACCAAGAAAAAGAAACUGCCGAUAUGAUUGAGGCAGAUCUAGAUCAACUUUAUUUUGAUAGGGUGCACCCCAUCGCACCCAUGCUUCACCAAGCUCGCUACUUCUGCUGGUCUCAAAGAAGCAACAAGCCAGACCCACAUUUGUGUCUACAACUCGCAAUGUGGGCAAUGGCAGCAGCUGGAUCUGCCCACUUGCAGCACAUGCGCGAAUCUCUUUACAGACGCGCGCGGACUAAGCUUGAAGCACUCGACAACGACAUCGAGACUGCAAAUGCAGCUUCCCUCCAGGCCGCACAAGCCUGGCUUCUCAUUACACACUAUGAGUUUCGAUACAUGGGCUAUCGCCGCGCAUGGCUCACCGCAGGACGUGCGUUCCGAAUCAUCCAGCUAGCCAAGCUUCACGAGAUCGACCGACUCAAUGACAUCGGAGUCACAAUAUCUCUCCCAGAUAUCUGGACCGAGGCUGAAGAGAAGAGACGCACCUAUUGGCUGGCUUACUGCCUGGAUAGGUUUCUCAACAUCACGUAUGAGUGGUCACUGAGUUUGAACGAGGAAGCACUCUACACCUACCUUCCUGCAUCCGAAGCAGAUUUCCAGCAUGGUCGGCCCACCGUAACGACACUUCUAUACGACGCGAUGGAAGACUCAGGCAACAAGACGCUGCCUACAUUUGCAGAAACCAUCGUCCUGACAACACUGUGCUGGCACAGUGUCACCUUCCACCGCGUCACACCCGAUACCGACACAUCUCCGAAUCCAUCCUCGAUUUUCUGGAAGCGCCACGGUCGCUUGUAUCAGAUGGUUCAACAGCGACUGAUGUUACUUUCGCUCCCUGCAUCUGCGCCCGAACUUCACGACCCAAUGCGCCUUUUCACCAACAUGCUCGCUAACUCCGCAGUGAUAUGGUUCCACAAUGUCAUGGAGGCUCUCCAAAUUGAUAUUAAUGAGCAGAUGCUGCUGGUACCUCUCUAUUCAGCGUAUGAGAUAGUUACGCUGGCGAAACCACUUGUACGAUCAAGCUAUUUCAAGGCCCAUCCAUUCUCUCCAAUGCUGUUGUAUCUGUCUGCAAACUUUCUCAAGUCUCAUUCCGACUGUGGCUCUGUGUCGGAGGAUAACCAGCAACGAUUGGAAGAACUCAAAAAGGCCUUGCGGGUUUUACAAGGUGGCAAUAACCUGGCUAUGAACUACCUUGAGCUGCUUGAGUGUGAGAGUUCUCAGAAAUUGUGUAGUCUCUCACCGCUUGGAGGCUCUAUGUUGGAGGAGACGGAGCAGCCGUUCUUUCUGGAUAUUUUGAAUCUGUUUUGA